AUGGCAGCAGCUAUGAUGGACUCGCCAGGGCCUACAUCUGAUGCUGGUAAAGCUGGCAGAAAACGCAAGACAUAUGGAGCAGGGUCUGACAAUGAAGAUGAUGAUUCAAACAUGUUUGGGGAUGGAGAGAAUAUCACAGAUAAAGAAAGAGCAGCAAGAGAAAGUCAUUGCGAGAUUGAGCGAAGACGUCGCAACAAAAUGACAACAUACAUCACAGAGCUUUGCGACAUGGUCCCAACAUGUGCAACACUGGCUCGUAAGCCUGAUAAACUAACGAUACUGCGUAUGGCAGUAUCUCACAUGAAAAAUCUACGAGGUACAAAUACCCAGCAAAAUGAUGGUGCAUAUAAACCUUCCUUCCUCACUGACCAGGAGCUGAAGCAUCUAAUUUUAGAGGCUGCAGAUGGGUUCCUGUUCGUGAUCCAAUGUGACACUGGGCGUGUUAUCUACGUGUCAGAUUCCAUCACUCCAGUUCUCAAUAAGUCACCCAAUGACUGGUACCAAAGUAACCUGUAUGAGCAGGUUCAUCAUGAUGACACCGAAAAACUACGAGAACAGCUUUCCACGACGGAGUCUCAAAAUACGGGGAGAAUUCUUGAUUUAAAAACAGGGACAGUUAAAAAAGAAGGUCAUCAAUCGUCAUUACGGCUAUGUAUGGGUUCCAGACGUGGGUUUAUAUGCCGAAUGAAACUAGGAAACAUGGCAAUCGACCCGAUGGCUGCGAGUCAUACAAUCAGAAUGAGGCAACGUGCAACACUAGGUCCCUCUGGUGAUGGCAAUUCUUAUGCAGUCGUUCAUGUGACUGGUUAUAUAAAGAACUGGCCCCCAGCAGGAGUUCAAAUUGAGAGGAAUGAAACUGAAGAACAUAAUAGUAGCCAUUGUUGCCUGGUUGCUAUUGGUCGUCUCCAAGUAACAAGCACUCCUAACGUCAGUGACAUCACACCCAACGGUGCUACAGAAUUCAUCUCACGGCACAGUGUCGAUGGCAAAUUCACCUUUGUUGACCAAAGGGUGACUCCUGUCUUAGGGUAUCAGCCCCAGGAAUUAUUGGGCAAGUCUGCAUUUGACUUCUAUCACCCUGAAGACCAGGGCCAUAUGAAGGACAGCUUUGAGCAAGUGCUGAAACUCAAAGGCAAUGUGUUGUCCAUCUUAUAUCGAUUCCGUGCAAAGAACCGUGAGUGGGUGUGGCUGCGAACUAGCAGUUUUGCAUUCCAGAAUCCAUACACUGAUGAAACAGAAUACAUUGUUUGCACAAACAGUUCAUCAAAAUCUGUCCAACAAGGGGGCAAUGUUCCAGUUAUGUCAGGGGAGACUACUGAAGGUGUACCUAACUUAAACACAUUUUCCCGACCUCCUGUCAUGGGUGAACAGUCAAAGACUGAGUACAGUGACCCCUAUAUGAUGGCCAGCCGCCAGAUGCAAGGGACUGAGAUGUACUCAAACUAUGCAAACCGAUCUAAGCUCUAUCCCACAGCAUCUACAGGCAGUGGGGGUCAGGCCACCCCUGGGAGCAGCCUUGGGAGCAUGGCCCAGGGACGGAACCAGAGUCCAAAUUGGUCACCUCGCGGCAAUUUUGCUCAAGGAUCGUCAUCCCAGGACUACAGUGGAAGUACACCUUACAGCCAGAUGAGCCCUAGCGGAUCUCCAAAUGUUGGAGCCCCCACUUACACACAACUAGGGGGCACUGCAAGAGCAGCCCAGUCCUCAACAUAUACCCACCCGAGCUCCUCAACUACGUCCUCCCUCUGGUCUCAGUGGCAAGGAACGGGGGAGCCAUCAGCCUCCCAGUCACAACAGAAUACUGGCCAAUCACAAGCACAGGAGAGUUCAAGCCAAGGUCAAGGACAAGGUCAGCAACAGCCAGAUGAUCUAAGCAAUGUCUUGCGUAUUUUGGAUCAGAGUGGGCCAGAGUUCGGGGAAAGUGCUCUGGGAAUGUUUAACAUGCAGUGAGCCAAUAACAAUGAUCUUCACAUGUUUAAAGAUUGAGAAUGGAACAAUGUAAAGAUUCAAUAUGAAACAUUGUUCAAAGCUACAAAUGCAAUGAUCAUAAAAAUGCAAUGAUCACGACAUGUGCAAAAUGCGAUGAUCUGAUGAGAAAGCUAUGUAUGGAUUGCUGUAUAAAGCUUCAAAAUGCAAUGAAUGGAAUCCUCAGCACACACAGCUUGGAAUAUUCAACAGGAGUGACCCUUUUAAGCUUCAAAAUGCAUUGAUUAUGAUUUCAAAUGCAAUGACGUAUUAACAUGCAGAUUUACAUUAGAUUUACAUUAUUUUGUGUAUACUGAUGUUGCAUAUUAAAUAAAACAAUUUGUAAUUGUGCCCUCAUUGCAAAAAACUUAAUAUAUAUUAUAACAGAUCUCACAUUUUGUAGAUACAUUCAAUACAAUCUAUUGAACAAUGCUACUUGUUAAACAGCAGGUUUAAAUUUGUUACAAAGCAUUUUGUGCCUGUGUUGUUGUAAUACAUCAUCACCUUUGUAAUGAAACAAUGCAAACCUGCUCUGUAAGGGGUACAAAGGGAUGAUAUCCAAAUCAGUUGUCAGUUGUGGAAAAAUGGAGUUAAUAUAAAAAAACAUUCUUCACAAAUGAAAUUGUCAUUUACAUCCUCUUCCCCCUAACAAAAUUAACUUUGUUUCUCCACAACUUUUGACAUUUUGACACCAUUACAUAUUACGCCUCAAUCCCAUUUUCUAUGGCAAACAUACUGUACAUUCUAAUAUUUCUACGACCAAUAGCAAUCAUACAGCCUGUAGAAUUUCUCAGUCACAUAUUUUAGCAGUCAAAAGUGCUACAGUAGCCAUAAUUGAACAUGUGACUGAGGCAGUAGUUUUGAUAAGCAAAUGCUUCAAUACCUCAUAUCAAUAUGUCAAGAUCGAUUUUAUACUUUCUGUUAUUAAUAAUGAUAUUUUGAGCUGACCCCUUUUAAGAAGGUAAAUCAGAAGUCUUGUUCGGUAACACAGGUUUAAGUGUAGCGUAUACAGUUCUAUACAGAUCACAUAUAUGUUAAUGUGAGCCAUUAGCCGCGUCAAGACCAGCCUUAACACAGCAGAUUUAGUUAUAUAUUGUGCACUUGAUCACCAAUUAUUAAUUUGACAUACGAUUAUUUCGGUUUGCUUGAUUGCUUUAUUCGUUUUGAUAAGACUGGUUUUUCUGUGGUUCUGAGUGCUCAUUGCACUUCGCUUUGUACAGUAUUACGUAAUAAUACAUACCAUAUGUACAUAUAGAUUUACAUCACAAUUGAUAACAGCAGAGUUUGUGAGUGUUCUGUCAAUCUAAAUGGUCUAACUCACUGUCUAAGAGAUACUAUCUAGAUCUGCCAUGACACACCACAUAAAAAUAAGACCGGAGUGAAUGACUGAAGGAAUUCACAAGUAGAACAUUAUUAUGAAAGUUCAUUUUUGAAAUGUGGAAAUCAAUGGGAUUGUUUUCUAACAUUAACUGGGAUAAACUAUAUAAGAAAACAUUGUGCAUUACAUUCAUAUUAUUUCAAUAGUUUUUCUUGUCUGAUUUUUGAAAUAAGCUGCAUAAUAUCAUUU